AUGAAUUUUUACUAUUACUUUUUCGCUACAGCUUUGGUUUUAACGUUUUUACAUAAAUCAACUACUGAUAACAACACAGAAUUAGUUUAUCCCGAAUGUGGGCUUUUUACACCAUCUCAAGAAUCAAUCGGAUUGGUAUUUUACGUAAAAAUUAAUAAUACUUCAGACAGAAACGAUUACAAUGUUGUGAUAACUCCAGAUGAAUGCUGUCUUGAAGGAGAUAACGUUGAUUGUGAAUCUUUACAAAUUAUCGGGGGAUGUACAGAUAAUGUGCCGAAAGGUGAAACCAAGAUUGUCCUAUUAAUUGCACCAAUCUUAAAUCAAUUUGAUCGUAAAGGAAUAUGUGCUUUAUAUAUUGAUUCUAAAACAAGUAAUGGCCAAAAUAAAAGGGACACAAUUAAAAUCAGCUUUGAUACAACAUUAUAUAAAAAUAAAUAUGAUUUUUCGGAUAAUUAUGAGCACUGUCAAUAUAAAGAUGAUGAUCCGUUUAACGAUUGCUUGCCAGUAAAUUGUGAUACGUAUUAUAAUGGUAAAAAACCGCAUUACAGCAGGAAAAUAAAAAGAUGCGUUGCUAUACCACCCUGUGCUAAAGAUGAUGACUAUGAAUAUCCUAGUGUUAUCUACAAUCCACAAACAAAUAGGUGCAUAGAGGAUUCAUUGGUAAAUGAAGAUUUGGAAUAUAUCCAAACAUUGGGGAAAGAUAACGGUAAAAUAAAAAGAUCUAAGGAAGUUUUAACGGUAAACGCAAUUCAUCCAGACACAACAGAUUUUGUAAACAAUCAAAAUGAUAUUUUGAUUGAUGACAUAGAAACAACUACAACAGAAAAACAUGAAAAAAAGUACAUUGAAAAAUUACGUGCUUCAAAUCUUAUACCGAAAAAUAAAUCAUCUGAAAGAUCUUCAGAAGAAACAAAUUGUUUAUUAAUAUUCCUUAAAAAAUAUUGUAUGGACAGCAAAUGGACUCUUUUGGUUCUUGUUUUAGUAAUUAUAGUGCAGUGUUUUAUGAUUUGCACAAUGAUUUAUUGUUUGUCAAAAACCUAUUCUUGUUGUAGAGAAAAGAAAGUAGUCCGAAAAUUUUACAACUAUCGGCAAGAUGUGUCUGUAACCACUCCAUUAAUUAAUACAAGUAAUAUGGACACCGAGACUACGGGAUAUGAAUUCAUGACUGAGUCUUCUAAUAACAUAGAUCAGAAAAUAAAAUGUUAUAAAGCGUGUCAAAAAGAGAAAAAUACUGUAAAGAAAAGUAUGUCUGAUGAUAUGCUGUCUAAGCUUUUAAAUAGACGAGAUUGGAGGAAAUUUAAAUCACAGGCCAAACCUGAACCUGAAAACCACUUUGAAGAGACAAAAGAACUUGGACCUGAAAAUGACAAAGCUAAUAAUCUCACUAGGGAUGAAAAAGGGUCAAUACGAAAUGAAACAAAAGUAAUUUUUGAAGAUGAAAAAACCAAUAAACCUGUUUCCAAAAUAACAACUAAAUUAGUAAAUAAACUUAUAGACGAAGAUACUUCAAAUCAGAGGACAGAUAUUAAAGGACUCGAAGAAAAUUUAUCAUCAGAAAAGGAAAUAAAAUGCCACAGUUAUAAUCGUUAUGAUGCGAAUGUUGCUGAAUACAGAGCUGACUUAGCGAUAAAUACAGCAGGUCUUUUUGAUACCGAAAAAUCUAAAAAAGUUACACCUAUUUCAUCUGGAAAAGGCGCACAAGCCUAUUUUUCAAACGACUCAAUUGAUGAUUUCUUGUCAGAAAGAGGAAUGAUUUAUUUGGCUGGUGAAAAUAUGUCAAAGUAUACAUUUUCUAGUGGUUCCAAUGAUAUGAAACCAUCAGUUACGUCAUCAGGAUCGAGCAAAACUUCAAAAAACUUUGUUAAAAAUGUAUUUUCCUUGUUGACUAAACGUACUAAACAGAGCCCAUCUUCGGACCCGGGUCAAAAUAAAGACGUUAACCUCGAACUAAUCCACAUGUCAAGAGCCUCUGUUUAUUCUUCCACUAAUGAUUCCGAAUGUACGAAAAAUUUCAAAAGGAAAGAUUCUAGAACUUCUUUCUAA